GAGAAGCAGCAGGGAUUGUUUUCUACUUUGAGGAAUUCUUUGUUUUCUGUAAUAUUUGUUUUGUGUUCUUGCCAGAGAGACAGCAAGCAAGCAAGCAAGCCAGCAACAGUGGACAACACAGUGACAAGCUGGGGUUCUGAAUUUGCCCAUCAGCUGUUCACACCUGCACAUCAGACCAUCCAGCAGUCUUCUACAUCGAGCGCUCAAUGUCAACUGACAAGGACAGCUGGAUUCCAGAGCAUGAAACCACGGUUAGUGCCAAACUCUUUCAAAAGGCACGGAACAGCCCUUUGGUGCCAGCUGGCAUGAUGGGGUUUGUGGUUGUGGCAGCCUACGGAAUUUACCGGCUGAAGGCAAGGGGGAGUAUGAAGAUGUCUGUCCACCUGAUUCACACUCGGGUAGCUGCCCAGGCCUGUGUGGUUGGAGCCAUAACACUUGGCGCUGUCUACAGCAUGUACAAAGACCACUUCCCCAAACAAAAAUAGAUGAGACAUGGAUGGCAUUGGUUUGUCCCUUCUCCCUGAAUGGAUCUGAAUACCCCGGCGGCGACUCCAGCAGGGCUGCGAGAUCAUGUGGUUGGCUCUAGCAAGAGAAAGAAGUCCCCUGCAGCCUCAACUGCUUACUGAUACGGCUUAUAUAUGUUCCCCUAAAAUCCCGAUGUACAUGUAUAUAUUUUUAAAGUUUUGAGAAGUGAAAGGGAAUCCUUGUGGAAACAGAGGACUGCAAAAGACCCCCGAGGGAUUAUUGAGUAGCUAACGCCUCCCUUCGCCCAAGGAGAGGAUAAUAGUUGCCUAGCCUGCUUCUCCUGAAGCCAUGUCCCCCUUCUCGCAUUCUAAGUGUGACAAUUGCCUUCUUUCAUCGCACUGAAGUCCCUACCCUGCAGUUUCUAAACAGGAAAAACAAACCCUCUCCAAAUGGCACAAAAUCUAAUUCGUAAUAAAGCAUGCGACUCCAGCACGGGUGUGCAUAAAAAGGAAAUUCACACUGACAAGUGAAGAUUCGCUUGACUCUGGCUGCAAAAAUAAUCCCUAUUUUAAUGCAAACUGAGCUGCUCUUGUGAAGUCUCUGCUGUAUAAUUUCCUUUUUUUUUUUUUUAGAUUACCUCUGCACCUAAGCACAUUUUAUAGCAGCUCUGUCCUGUAUAUGUAUUAAGAGCAAUAUUAACAUCUAAUGUCACUAUUUUAAAUGCAAUUUAAAAAUUACCUUGCUUGAAAAGGCAUUAAAAUGCACAUAUUUGGUAAGAUGGCUUACAAUGGCAUUAUUCAUUCGAAUAAACGUUUCUUUGAACAUUGA